UGGUCCCCCUUUCGUGACGUCUUUCCGGGGCAGUCCGGGUGGGGUCCAGCGCGCACCAGUGAGCUGAGCUAACUGGGUUUCGCUGCGGUCCACGUCCCCGCGCGGGGCUGAAUCGCUGAAGUGGCUGCGCUGCGGUGUGAGGGCCACGGGCCUACCGCGCCCGGGUAAGCGACCCGCACUGCCGUCCAGGGAGCUGUCGUGAAGGCCCCAUGAACCGCUUGGGGAUGGACAGCGAGGUGUCUCUGACACCACAGAGGAGCACCCGCCUCUGUCCUGCCUGUGCCUUGGCGAAUGCCAUGGCCUGGGAGUGCCCUGCCCAGCCGCUCGCAUCUGCAAAGCCAGACUUCAUAUGGCAAGGACAGGAUGCCAAGGCCCCAGCUGCUCAAGGAGGACAUCAGCCUGGCCUCCCAGUCUGCACUGAGCAGCUGUCACUGAUCCCUGGGCCAAGCAGAAGGCGAUUGCUGACAGCCUGAAGGGCUGUGUGGCCAAGACGCUUAGAGACCAGCAGCCCUGCUUGCAGCUCACCCAGCACGAUGUGGACAGCCCUGGUGCUGGUGUGGGUUUCCUCUGUGCUCGUACCUAGAAGCCAUGUGACGUCUGCAGAGCCACGACACAUAGUCACUACCAAGUGGCCUAAAGCAGUAAAUCAAAGCAUGCUGAGGGACAUAGUUAAAAGGGCUGAUACGACAUUUACCGAGAGAACAGCCAUAGUGCCACCUGCUUCUGUCACAUUGACAACAGAGACCUGGGCAGCCACUCUGAACUCUACUAGAGUGACAGCAGAGGUGACAACACAUGGAACAAACACGAGCACUCCAACAACCAGAGAGGGGACAACAGACAGGGUGACCUCCAGAACUCUGGCUGUACCUACAUCCUCGGGCCCCUCAUCUGCAGAGCAGACUAGACCCACCACCAUUGCUGGGCUCCCCUCCCUCAGCACACCACAUGCAGAAGUGCCAAGAACAAAUGCCAGCGUGUCACCAAGAACAGCCAUGGCAGCAACUGUGGCCCUCCACACCGCGACUCUUGCUGCAGGCACCGUAAACACAAGUGAUCCUCACACAAGGACUCCGAGUCCUGCCAAAAGCACACCCACUGACACAUCCAGCAGGAACCCCAUACCCACCUCAGGUGCCCAAAUGCAAGGUACCACCGUCCAGCUGACCACAGACCAGCCAGUGCAUAGCACAGCAGGUAGAUCAACACCUAGUCCUUCAAACACCACCCUGGAGCCUACCACCACCCAGUCUGUGGCUUCUGUGUCCUCUGUCGUAGUGACCACCACCCAGGUACAAACCAAGGAGCCAUCUGCCAGCACAGUGCCAGCGCGUGCUACCAGCCUGAGCCCUGACGUAGAUGUCACAUCCCCCACCACACAGCCAAGCCCUACAUUACCUACCCAGGGCACAGGUGGGCCAGGCACACUCCUGACAACAGAGCAGGUGGGGACCAAAACCACAGCUGGUACUGCCUCUGCUGGGCCAACAUCCAGGAGCUCAGGGGACGUUAAGAUACCAACCACAGACUUGUGCCAGCCUAGCACCCAAGGCCAGUACCUAGUCACCAUUGAUGCCCUGACCCCAUCCUUGGUGAACAAAAUGUUACUUCUGGUGGUGCUCCUUGUUGGGGUGACCCUCUUCAUCGCGGUCCUGGUGAUGUUUGCCCUGCAAGCCUAUGAGACCUACAAGAAGAAGGACUACACGCAGGUGGAUUACCUGAUCAACGGCAUGUAUGCCGACUCGGAGAUGUGAGGGCUUCUCGGGAGGCCAGCCUCUUCCAUGGCCGCCUGUUUUGCCUCAGACCAAACUAAGUGCUUCCAGAUCCUUUCGGUGCAAUUUCAGAGCUGUGCCAGAUGAUAAGACAUAUUUAAUAGCUGUCAGAUCAGCUCCAUGAUCAUGAGAGAGCCGCCUUUUCAUAUUUAUUUUUCUAACCGAUCUCAUACGCAGGAGUGGCCAUGGUCGAGAGGGCCUGGCACACUUGGCCCUCGAUGUAUGAAACCAGAAUUAAAAGCAAAGACGUCUCUCCUGUCCA